UGUGCGGUCGAUUCACGUGAAAUGUCGAGGGGCACGGGCAUCGCGGCUCUUCUGCUCCCGGCUUUGAUUUUUGGCCUACUGUGCCCCAAACUGGUCGACACGGAAAACAUUCUGGCCAUCUUCUCGUACACAUUUGACUCGUCCUACUUGCUUGUUGUUCCCUAUUUAAGGAGCCUCGUGGAACGCGGUCACCAACUUACUGUGAUUUCAUCGGUCACCGAAAUGCCCCACAUAGAAGGUGUUCAUCACAUUCGCGUGGCCAAAUUGGAUAUCCUAAAGCAAGAACUUAUUGAUUACGACUACGAAGAUUUCGGAUUAAGCAAAUGGACAGAGGCGCAGUUUGUUUCCGAAUACUUCUUCAACUGUUCGAAAUUUGUUCUGGAGGAUCCUGGAGUUCAGGAGCUGCUUCACAACUCGAGUGCCCAGUUUUCGCUGAUCAUUUUGGAGGCCUCGCACACGGAUGCUCUCUAUGGGUUUUCACAGCACUUUAAUGCACCACUGGUUGGGAUUGCUGUCUAUGGAUCGGCAUGGAAUAUUGACUUCCUGGUGGGAAAUUCAGCCCCGAGUGUCUAUGAACCCAUGUCUGCUUUGGGUUAUUCACCUGGUCACAGUCUGAUGGAGAAGUGGUACAACCUGAUCUUUAUUACCGAAGAAAGACUGGUAGAGAGAUUUAUUUACCUGCCAAAACAAGUAGAUCUCUACAAGCAAUACUUUCCCGGAGUAUCGGCUAGUAUUCAUGAUCUCCGUCGGAGAUUCGCGUUGAUCCUUAUUAAUCAGCACUUUAGUAUGGGUCGAGUGAGGAGUAAUGUACCCAAUAUUGUGGAAGUUGCAGGAAUGCACUUGGAUGAGCCACCAGUUCCCUUGGAUGAUGAGCUGAAAAGAAUACUGGAUGAAGCAAAACAUGGAGUUAUAUAUUUUUCCAUGGGACUGCAAGUCCUGGACAAAUGGCUGCCACCGGGAAUGCUCGAAACGAUGUUAGAAGCCUUUGGACAAUUGGAACAGCAGGUGCUGUGGAAAAGCCACAAUCCGGCAAUGGCUAAGAAUUUUAGGAAUGUCUUCGCGAGAAAAUGGCUUCCGCAGCGGGAAAUCCUGAACCAUCCCAAUACAAAGAUAUUCAUAACCCAUGUUGGACUUCUGAGCAUUAUUGAAUCUAUUCACUAUGCUGUUCCACAGUUAUGUCUGCCAUUAUUUUACGAUCAGUUUCAGAACACCAAACGAAUGGAGGAGUUGGGAGUGGCCAGAAGUCUGGACAUAAUGAAGCUCACUCGCGAUAAAAUUGUCGAAGUGGUUAAGGAAAUGCUUUCGAAUUCCAGUUACAAGUUAAAUGCAAUGGAUUUAUCCAAUCGAUUUCAUGACCAACCAAUGUCGCCUAUCGACACCGCGAUUUGGUGGACAGAAUAUAUUCUGCGGCACAAAGGAGCAGAUCACAUGCGAAUCGCCGAACAGGAAAUGUCCCUUAUGCAAUACUACAACAUAGAUGUGGUUUCGGUGCUUUUUGGCAGAAUCGGACUGAGUGCUGUUAUUGUGAUCUUUUUGGGUUGGAAACUGGUCUCACUGGUUACGAGAAACCUUGAAUACCGACUUAGUGUGCCCAUGGUUAGAUAAACCUGAAAUUUAAAGUAGGUAGCCUUUUGGAAAUGCAUAAGUAGGAUUUCUUUUGUUUCAAAAAGUGUUUAGAAUAGAUGGUUCUCUCUAACUUAAUAGUCUUGCAUAUAUAAUAUAAAAAUUAAAACGUAAAAAACUUUUUUUUUAGCGAGUCACUAAGCGAGUUUACAGUUUAUAAUCUAAAUUUUGUACAAACUAUUAUGUGUCGCUUAUAAUCACGUUGUGAAGUCAAAAAAAUGUAUUAAUUGUAAGUGGUUUAGUCAUUGAUAGUGCGUUAUCUUAUCAGCUCGUUGAACCACCGUGGAACCCCAAAUAAAAUAUUUUACGAAAA